CCCAACGGUCAUUUGAAAACAGCGCUGUUCAACCAUGAACAUCGCUGUUCAAAAACUUACUGCCCAGGGCUUCUGAAGGCCAACAUCGCUGUUGGGAUUUCCGACAUGCAUGUUGGGAUGCUUUCUUCGGCGUCAUUUUGCACCUUUGCUGGUGGGAAGAAGGUGAAGAUGUGUGGCUGUCCGCAUGUGUUUAAACGGCUCAAUGGUUUUGAAAAUGGAACGACGGGAUCUGAAUACAAAGACUCGUCAAACUUUGGGACAUAUGAGGUGAGAUUAGGAGGUGGUUGGAUUGGCAUGGGUGUAGAGGAGAGGAAGCCUGGCCACUGGAAGUCAGCGUGCCCGUACCCAAAAGUGGAGAAGUACGGAGAAAGAGAAAGGAACGAGAAGAAAAAGAAGGCAAUGGUUGCUGCUGAAAGUGACGAGUCAUCCAGCUCAAGCUCGGAUGAAGAAGCUCUCGUCUGCAUGGAGCGCAGAGCUGAAAAGUCCAACCAUGAGGAUAGGUGGACCAUGUCAGAAGAUGAUACUCUCUGCCUAAUGGCCAAAGAUGAUGCUGAUCAAGAGCUCUACUAUAAUUGGAGAGCUUGGAAAGUUGGAAAUUCAGAAGAGCAACUGUUGGAUUGGGACCAACAGCUGAAGAAUGAAAAGAUUAUCAAGAAAUGCCUAGGACUACCAGUCAACCACUGCUAUGAAGACAUCUUGGAUGACUACUGGGUAUGGCAAAGGAACAAUGAGGAUCUGCAUCUGGAACACUUGGCCACUACACCAGUUUCAGACUUUGAAGCAGAUGAUGAAGAUACUGCAGUCUACAAGCCAGUCUUCUCAAAAGCCACAGAAGAUCAAAUGGCUCCCACUUCUGAAGAAAUAGUUGUUUUGGAAACAACAGCUGAGGAUUUCCCUAUCUUUCCGGAAACCUCACCUGCGUUUGAAAUGGUUUUGACUGAAACUGAUCAAGAGAAGGCAGCCUCUCCCCCACAAGAGCAGAACCAGGAAGCAACUGAAGAAGAAGAAUUUCAGCGACUGAUCCAAUCUCAAGUGCUCGAGAUCCUCACAACUCCUUGUGAGAUCUCCAAUCAGACACAACUUGAGAUUCUGGAAAAGUCAGCAAAAAUUCCGGAACAGUCAGCUAUUCCAGAAAUUAUGGAGAAAGAAGUAGAAGUCCAAAGGCACUCUGGAAAAGCUGAGAAGGAAUCUCAGAUGGCAGAAGAGGAGGUAACUAAUUUUCACUUCCAUAGCUCUUCCAUUCCUACUCUUCUGGAUGAGAUACCGGAAACCUGGACAAAGAAGGUACAAGGGCUAAUUGAGUCAGCCCUAGCAUCUCAACAUGCCUCCUUUAGGCAAGAAAUAGAGCUAAUGGAAGCCAAACACACUGAGCUGAUAGAAAAAUCUGAAGAGAAACACAGCGCUGAUCUCAAGGAGAUAAGUAAAUCAGUAGAAAAGACUCUAGAGAUCAUCUCUCUAUUGAGUAAAACUGUGAGCAAUACGAUGGAAAUAUACACCUCUGACAGUCAACUGCAAUUCAAUGAAUUCAACAAAGUCAAGGAGCAAAUAGCAAAUGUUACAGUUAGUCUACAAAAACAGAUGUCCCUUCUCCAAAUGGACAUCAGAUCAGCCCUAGCGAUAGCUUCAGCAAAUCAGGUAGUAACCAAAGACUACUUGAAGGUGAUCAUUGACAAUCAAAAGGAAGCAUACAAGCUGUUCAGACUUAUUGGUGCACAUUCUGGGAACCGCAAGAUGGAAGUAAUUCUCCAACAACACAGUCCAUCCCCAAUACCACAGCUCCCUAUUGCAGUCAACGAAGGAGAAGCAUCUUAUGUCCCUUCUCAUCUGAACAUGACUAAUCUGAUCCUUGAAGCACAGCAAAGAAAUCCGGAAAACUCAGCACAGCACCUAUCCAGCUCAGGACUGGAUGGAACAGAAUUUAUAGGUGCAGUUGCUGACCACUUCUCAGAUGCUGCUCAAUCAGAGGAAAGGCGUGAAAAUUUAAGGCGCAUCAAAGAACUGUGUGGGAACAUGCAGGGCCUCAGUGAGGUUGCCGGAUCUUCAAAACGCAAAAGGAACUGAAGGUUCUUUUCAUCAAACCAGGGGGAAAGUAUGUGAAAACAUUUGUUUUGAUGAAAACACCUUCUUGUUUAAACAUUACUUGAUUGGUUUAAACAUUUCUUAAGUAUGCCUUAAUUGCGCUUAUUAUGCUUGAUUAUGCUUAUCUCAAGUAUGAUUUUGUCUUAAUUAUUUUUCUGAAGCGCAUACAUUCAGGGGG